AGGAAGAAGGGGCCGUGCUGUGGCGAAAGUGCGGGGAUCAGGCGGCGUUACUGAGAGACACAGAGGAUCCGGGGGAAGAGACAGCGAGAGACAGCCGGGAGCGGAGAGACAACCAGGUCAGAUGUCCCCAGAUGGAGCCCGAGGGCGAGAGUCACAGAGCGGCCGGCUUCCAGUGGAGGAGUUACAAACUGCUGCUCGACCCCGCUCUCCGCAAAGCCACGCAGAAGGUUUACCGCUACGACGGCGUGCACUUCAACAUCACUGACGGGCCGUAUCUUCCAAUCGGAGACGUGCGGGAUCCUCGGCAGCAGCGCCUGUGGAGUAAACCCCGAGAUGUGUCCCUCCCUGUCCCCAAAUUUAAGUUUGAUGAGUUCUACGUCGGGCAGCUCCCUCAGAAGGAGGUCACCUUCGCCCACCUGAAUGACAACGUGCGGGAGCUCUUCCUGAAAGAAAUGUGCCGCAAGUUUGGGGAUGUGGAAGAAGUGGAGAUUCUGCUGCACCCAAAAACCCGCAAGCACCUCGGCCUGGCGAAGGUCCUGUUCUCCAGCUCCCGAGCCGCGAGGGAGACGGUCACCCACCUUCACAACACAUCGGUCAUGGGCAACAUCAUCCACGCGGAGCUGGACCUCCGAGGUCAGCAGCGGCAGAAGUACUUCGACCUGAUAGUGAGCGGAUCAUACAACCCCCAGACUGUGCCCACCACAGGCAUGUGGGGUCAGGAGCGCCCCCCGGAGCCGGUUGACUGUCGCCGCCGCCUGUCCACAGACGCCUCCUACGUUCCCGGGAAUGGAACCCCAACUUCUCAAGACCCCGGCUCUACCUACAGCCAGUACACCCCUUCCGUAUCCUCCUCGCAGGGCACCCCAUACACUCCGAGGGCCGGGACGCCCUUCUCUCAGGACUCUGCCUAUUCUAGCAGGCAGGGGACCCCCAGCCAUUCCAGUUCCCAGGAUUCCUCAGGAUAUAAGUCGCGGCGCCAUGAGAACAGUUCUGGCGAUUCUUACUCUCGCCGGUCUGGACACCACUACUCUCCAGCGACGUCCUCAUCCUCCUCUUCCUCCCAGCAUGACAGCAGCCACAGACGCUACCACCGCCUUCAACACCGCUCCUCCCCACAGUACAGAUCUCGCCACCGCAAGCCGCCACCGCCCCCAGAGGAACCGCCCUUGCACCGCUUUCCUGGGACUCCACCGCUGCCUACCCCGCCCCCACUUCCGCCGGACGACCCUCAGCCCGACCGAGACUACAGGAUAGCCCACCCUCCUCUUCCUCCGUCUCCGCCCUCCUCUUCUCUUCCGCAUCCUCCCCCUCCGCCAUCUGAAGGCUGGGAACCUCCUCCACCGCCACCCCCUCUUCCUUCCUCCUCCCCGCCCCCGUCCCCUGCCCGCUCAUGUUCUCCGCUACCAGACGGGAUAUCGGAGAGCCUGCCCAUCACUCAGCACAGCAGCAGCCUGGACUCCCGCAUCGAGGCUCUCCUGAAGGAGCAGCGCUCCAAGUUCUCCUUCCUCCCCUCCGACACAGAGGAAGAAGAUGAAGGAACUACAGAGGGUGCCGGACAGGACACCGCAGUGCAGGAGGAGGUCCCCCCGCCUGUGCAUGGUGCCUACACCCCUCCCCCACCCGCCAGCUUUGAGGAUGUCUCCGCGGAGGCCAUUCUGAGGUUUGGUGAUCUCAGUCGGACGGCAAAUGGGCAAGAACGGCUGUCUUCUGGAGAUGACAUGGAAAUCUCAGAUGAAGAAAUUGCCAUUGAGAUGCCUGGAGCUCCUGGCCCACCGUACCCUCUUGUGCCGCACCUCGCUGGUCCUGGGGGCACCUACCCCUCUCAGACUAUCCCAACAUCUCUCCAGUCCAUGCCCCCGCACCCGCAUCAUCAAACUCCUAAUGCCUACCCACUCAUUGCCUCUAUAGCUGCCAGAGGUCGACUUGGAGAACUUGGGGUGCGCCCAACCACCCCUCCGCCACUUGACCCUUCGUCCUCCUCAGCAGUAUCUGCCCCCCAUAUCUAUGACUUUGUAAACUCCAUGGAGCUGGUGAGCAGGCUGGGUAACCAGUGGGGGGGUACGUCCAUGUCCUUCCAGAUGCAGACACAGAUGCUCAGUCGCCUGCAGCAGAGCAGACAAGACAAGGGGCAGCAGUUUGACGACCCGUACCCCCCACCCUUGCUCCCUCAUCUGUUUACGCACAGACAUCGACAGCAGCACCCACUCCCGCUCAUGUCUGAGACGGUGUUUGGUGGGGCUUAUCCUCAUUUCCCGUCCCAAGAACCUCAACUCUUGUUACCACUGAGGGAACUUGCCACCAGGACGAACAGGACGCUGGGUCAGGACCCUCGGCCGAUGGGCUGGGUACAAGUGGUGGACCCACACGCCGCCACCAUCAUGAGUGUGCUGUCUGCACUUAUCCAGGAGAUGAAGAGCACGAUGCAGAGAGACCUGAACCGCAAGAUGGUGGAGAACGUGGCCUUCCGAGCCUUUGAUGAGUGGUGGGAACGCAAGGAAGAGAAGGCGAAGCCAUUUCAGAAUGUGCCCAAACCAGUCCCCCGGGAAGAAGACAAGGAGAAGACCCGUCCGAAGGAGCCUGGGCUUCUGUCCUUGGUGGACUGGGCCAAGAGUGGUGGGGCUGAAGGCUUUGGCUUUGGUUCUGGUCUUCGGGAGGCGCUGCGGCUUCCUUCCUUCAAAGUAAAGAGGAAGCGCACCUCUGAGAGUGACGAUGGCGACCAGAAACGACCCCGACCCUCCACACCAGCAGAGGAGGGGGAAGAUGAGCGAGAAAAGGAGACAGCGGCAGAACCGCGAGCAGGAGCGAAGGCUCCACAACGUGAAGCGGAGAGACCGAAGCACAAACGCAGGAACCCCUUACCCCUUGACAGCGAGGGAGAGGAGGCUUCUGAAGAGUCUGCGUCUGAUAAGGAUGAAGAUGAUGAUGAUGACGAUGAUGAGAUCAGCACUAAGGAUGAAGACUCAGAAGAUGAGACGCCACUCGCCAAACUUUCCAACAAGAUCGUGUCCGACGACAGUGACAGCUCCAGUGAGUCGGACAGCAGCAGCAGCUCAUCCUCGUCUUCCUCUUCUUCUUCCUCGUCUUCCUCCUCGUCACCUGCGUCCUCCGAUGAUGAGGAAGAUGAGGAGGACGCUCCUGUAUUGCCAACAGUUACUGAACCUCUGAGACCACCCAGUCCCCCGCCGCUCACCUCAGAAGUGGAGCCCCUAAAAGAGGAAACGCUGAAUAAGUCUUUAGCUGUGGAAGUGAAAGAAGACCCCUGUAUAGAAGCCCCAUCUUUGCAGCUCCCUACUCCUCCUCCUCCUGUGACACCACCCAAACCUUGCACUCCUUCAUCUCCUCCUCUUCCACUUCUUCCUCCUCCCAAGAAAAGGCGCAAAACAGUCUCCUUCCUCCUCGCUCCAGAAGAAGAGCCUGAACCUGUUGAGAGCAAACCCCCAAAUCAUCUGGUUCCAGAGCAAAUAAUCCCCGAAAUCCCACAAGUCAUUCAGGAGGAGCCAAAGGAGGAGCCCCCUCCCGCUCCUCCAGCAGAGGAACCAUCUCUACCUUCUUCCAAGGCUCCUGCUCUCGUCACGCAGCCAACACAAACUCUCCCAAUACCAGAGGUUAUCAAACCCGCACCUCCUGCAAAAGAACCUUCUCCUCAGAAGAAGCCCCCAGAGCAGAUGACUGUAUUAAACCUGCCGUGGGACCAUGCUUGCCUGGUAAAGCCGUAUCCACCCCACGCAGGACACCAGGAAGCCCUGCAGGAAGAUGGAGAUGAGAACCUAGAGGAUGAUUAUAACCAUGUGGAGGAGAUGAAAUUGCUGCCCAUUCCAGAACCACAGCCAGCACCAGAACCAGCACCUCUGCCACCUGUCCAUGAACCGUGUGAGCCGGAGAGGACUGAUUACAUAGAGGAGAUCCUCUUUGCUCCCGUCCGGCAGAUCUUGCUGGAGCACAGCUACUCCUCUAUUCCUGCGGCACUGAAGCAGCCGCCCAAGAGGCAGCGAGGAGUAUCUCUAGACUUGGAGAAACCCAGCGAGCUCCUCCACAUAGACCUUGGUCAGCCUGUGCUGGAGGCCCCCGAGGAAGUUGUAUGUGUGGGCGGCGGGCUGCUCUCCGGGCUGGAGGGUGAUACAGGCAUCUUGGAUGUUGGGGACUUGCAGUUGACAUCUUUAAGGAAAGCCGAGGAAAAAUCAGCUCGUGAGGACUCUAAAAGUAAGAAACGGAGACCGCAAGAAGAGAAGGAGGUGACGGAGCCUGGAGAGAUCACAUCGGAAGAGGAUGAGGACGAGGAGGAUGACGAAGACUCAUGGGUGUGCACGCGAGAGCUGAGGUCUCACAGGAACCGGCGCUCUGCCCUGCUGUUGACGCCUCCUAAGUAUGAGAUCCGCAGCGAGUUUGAGCAGAUGACAAUUCUCUAUGACAUAUGGAACAUGGGACUGGACACCGAGGACAUGGUCUUACUGAGGGACACAUACGAACGGCUGCUUCAGGAGGACCACAGCACGGACUGGCUGAACGACACCCACUGGGUUCCUCAUACUAUCACCAAUAUCGCUGACCCCAAACGACGGAAGAAUCGGCAGGACGGCCUGCGCGAGCACCAGACCGGCUGCGCCAGGAGCGAGGGUUACUACGCCAUCAGCAAGAAGGACAAGGACAAAUAUCUGGACGUCAUCCCAGUGUCUGUACGAGAGCUGGACAGCGACACACAGGGAACGAACAGGGUGUUGUCAGAGCGGCGUUCCGAGCAGCGGCGUCUUCUCAACGCCAUCGGCUCCUUCUCCUUGCUGGACAGUGACUUGCUAAAGCUCAACCAACUCAAGUUCCGGAAAAAGAAGCUACGAUUUGGGCGCAGCCGCAUUCACGAGUGGGGACUAUUCGCCAUGGAGCCCAUCGCCGCAGAUGAAAUGGUGAUCGAGUACGUGGGACAGAACAUACGACAGGUGGUGGCCGACCACAGAGAGAAGAGGUACGCGCAGCAGGGGAUCGGCAGCAGCUAUCUGUUCCGCGUGGACCAGGACACCAUCAUAGACGCCACCAAAUGCGGAAACCUGGCGCGUUUUAUAAACCACUGCUGUACGCCUAAUUGUUACGCCAAAGUCAUCACGAUCGAGUCUCAAAAGAAAAUCGUCAUUUACUCCAAACAGCCGAUCGGUGUGAACGAGGAGAUAACGUACGAUUACAAGUUCCCCAUCGAAGAGAACAAGAUUCCUUGCCUGUGCGGGACGGAGAACUGCCGGGGCACCUUGAACUGAGCGUCCGGGGCCGACCGGCGCUGGACCCCAUCUUUAAAAUCAAAAUAAGCCAAAGGCUUGUGUCCGGCGGCCAUGUACAGACGAGCGGGUGAGCUGAACGUGGGGCAUUUACUGGUACAGUGGCGGCCAUUUUUUUUUCCUUGAAGAAGAAGCGAGCAGCCUGACCUGUCUGUGGCACUUUAACACGGCGCCGGAGGACAAGCGCGUUUUUGCUGAGCUCCUCCCGCUUCCUUCAUGCGGUCCCCGGGGCGUUCCCCUCUAUGUAUAUGUUCAUUUUUGUUAUUUUUUAGCCUAUUUUUCUAUACAUUUUAGUUUUCUGUUCUUUUCUUCCUUUCUGGGAGUAUGUUAUUUAUGGCGGGCAGCGGCCGAGCGAUCAGGACCCCCCCACUGCCGACCUCCACUGAAGGCGGUCCGGAGUUUGAGAGCUAAGAGUCCAAGACCGUCUGGACAGGUCCACGGAACGCACAAGUCUCCCCCUCCCCCCACAUGUGGAUCCUUCCUCUGACGUGGCCCCUGUAUAUACACUACGCACUGUUCCCUUGUAUAUAGACCUAAGAGCUGACUCUCCAAGGACUGGCGGCUGUGAUCGCGCCUCUACACGCCCCUCACUGGAGAGUGAUGCCGAGUAUCGGCUCCUGCAGCUUCUCGCUUGAUGUUCCUUCACCUCCAUGUCUCAUACUCGCCAUCACUGUCGGAUCGGCGGCUCCAUCGUCGCAUUUUAGAAGUUGUUUUUUUGAAUUUUUUUAUUUUUUUAAAUAUAACUUAUUCAAAUUCUAUUUUAAAGCUGAAGCCUUUUACAGGGGGCUUCAAGAGUCUCCCAGGGGCCACACUUCCGCUAAAGAAGUAGUAAAGGGACUGAAAUACUGAUCACCUACCCUCACCCAGCACCCCCACCGUCAGCUGUUUAAAGGGGCCACGAUGCGUAGACAAGUGCCGAGGCAAACACGGCGCCAUACAUUGCGUAGUGGCUGUGCUUGGUAUUGCAGCUCAGUCACAUGAAGGCCGUGUGACCCGUGACGUCGCAGCACCGCAGCCCCUUCCAACAGCCGAUCAGCAGGGAAUCGGACCCACACAGAUCCGGAAUUGAGGGGAUAGGUCGUCAGUGAUCAGUCCUGGCCUUCCUGAAAAGGGUUCAGCUUCCAUUUUGAUAUUUUAGUGGAGGCCAGGUCUCCUGAGUCCGGCCGUUAAUGUGUUUACAUGCGUGUUGGGGGGCGUCACCCUGCAGACACGUCCCUUUUUUUUUUUUUUGUGCCGUUGCCUUCGUAACUUGGUGGAGUAGGCGCCACUGUGGGGGUGGGGAGGCCGAUGAGAUCCGUGGAGGGGUCUGUGAGGGCGGGGGAGGGUCAGGCUUGAGAACGUUGUAUAUUCUGUAUAUUAACUGCUUUGUUUCUUGUAGAAACACGAGUUUAUUACGUAUA